AUGUCUUUCUACCCAGAAGGUUGGACGCAUGACCGGCUCCUCAACGCCAGCGGAGAAGACCUUAUGGCCCUCUCAGAAACUCAACGCACCACUCUUUUCGACGGUCUAAAAGCCACUCACGGCGAAGAUGGUUUCCGCGAAAUAAUGCAGGAAAUGAGUCGCCGCUACCGGGCCCGAGUUGAGGCUGCUAAGUUAGAGGAUACUAAGCAGCAAGAGCGGGAGCUCCUCGCACCUUUUGUCCAGACCCUGAAUUCUGUCUUCCGAAGCGCAGAGACUGAGGAUUGGGGGAAAUGGGGAUUUGUGAUGUUUCGCACGACUCCCUAUGGGGGUGAGCAUGAGACACAAUGGGCGGAAUUCCGAAGACGGUGGGAUGCGGUGAUCGAGGAGGGGUUGGUCCUACAUCGGGGCUCGUUGCCAAAGGUAGACCGAGCGAUUGAUUUAUUGGAGUUUCAAUGGGUAGAACAGCCCGAAUUAGAGGGCGUAGAUGCAGCGGAUGUGGCUAGCUUCUAUGGAGUCUGUUCUCUCCUCACCACUUCCUUCUUCCGCGCCGCGCCAUGA